AUGAUGAACGUAGCUGUCAUAGAGGAGUCACCUGCCAACACACCUUCCUUAAUCCGUCUUCCUGCAGAUUCUGAAACCGUCGAGCAAGAGCCGUCCUCGAGGGGAACGGUGGAUCCAGCCAACGAUGUUUUUUCUUUUGCAGAGGAUACCGCGCUUCCGAGAUCGGCCGAGACAGCCACCACACUUAUCCGGAAGGCGUGCAGGGAAGCAUCCUGGAGGGCUACUAGAAUAGACCAAAGUGAAGGUGAAACUGUUCCUGACGAUCCUGAUCAGAAACUAUACUGUCGAAGGAGGACACUCCCACGUAUCUGCCUGGAGUACGGCGAACAGACGCAGGAUGCGGAGCGGAUGCAGAUGCAGGAUUCGAACAAGAAAGCGCGAACUGUAGAUGCCAUUGGAUGGAAGAUGGUCGAUCCUCGAAGCUUGGACGAGGAUGGACGGGAUAGUCAGGUACGAGAGGAGGCUUCGCGUAGAGGGCAGUGUGAUUGA